CUUUUUAUGCUUAAUGGUGUGGUGUAAUUCAAAAUAAUAGUAGGCAUUUUUAUCAUUACAAAAUAAUGUCAAAAGUUUUGCUAGUACCCAAAAUGCCCCUGUUACAAUUCCCCCCAAUCCCCCUUUUGAUUCUCCCUCUCUCUCAAACUCUCCCCCGACUGUUCAACUAACCAGAACCCAAACCCGUCGCAGCCCCCGUCGAAACCCCGCCCUGUUGCCCGUCGUCUCGCCUCUCGCCGUCCGUCCGUCAAAACCCAUAGCCUCUCGCCGUCCGUCUGUCAUCCAAAACUCACGGUUCGAGUUUCUCCAUACCCAAAACAAAGGUAAGCUUAUUACAUUGAAUUUGUGUUUGUAGUGUUAUAUUUUAGGAUUGUUUGUGUGUUUGUGUCUGGUUUUCGGUUUGAAUCUAGUUUGUUUUGGGUAUGGAUUAGUGUGGCUAUGGUGAGAGUGAAGUCUGGGAUUUUUGUGGGUCUGGUAAGGUUGCUCGAUUGUGGUUCGAUGCAUGCUCGAUAGGGGUUUGAUAGGUUAAGCCGUUAAGGGUUCCAAGUUUAGGUUCGAUGCUCGAUGGGGGUUCGAUGCAUGCUUGAUGGGUUGGGUAUUUGUUGGGUUCGAUGGUUGUCGAUGUUGGUUCGAUAGGGUAAGCCUUAGGGGUUCUUCGAUGGGGUAGGCCCAUUAUGGGUUCUAGGUUUAAACCUAAGAAAUUAGAUGCAUGCUCGAUGGGGGCUCGAUGGAUUAGGUCUUAUGUUGGGUUCGAUGGUGGUUCGAUGCAUGCUCUAGGGGUUCGAUAGGGGUUUCGAUGGGUACUCGAUAGAGGUUCGAUGGGUGUUCGAUAUGGGUUCGAUGGUUGCAUGUAUGUUUAUUUAUGGAUUUUUCACGCGACUUUGUUUAACUGUAUUAUUUUUAUCUUUAUUUUUUGCAGAUGCUGAAGUUUCUUUUACCCUUGACAGAUCACUUUCCUGGACGAGUCAUGUAUAGGGGCAAUGGUUACUUUAAAACAAUCAAGGACAAGUUUGAGGAUCUCGGGUUGAUAGAAAAGGUGAAGGAAUCCCCUUUCAAACAAUUUUUCAUGGCUGAGAAGUUAAACUUCUCUGCAUCUCUCAUACAUCAAUUAAUGUUGCGCAAGAUCCAGUGCAUCAAAGAGGAUGAGUUGCAUUUACAUUUGGGAUCUAGAACCUGUAGAUUUGGUAGAGGCGAGUUUGCUUUGGUUACGGGGUUGAACUUCAGUUCCGGGCCAUCUGAGACUGAUUUGAAGAAACACUUGACUAGUGACCGCUUAAUCAAGGAGUACUUUAAUGAUGAAGAAACAGUGAAGAUAAUACAUUUGGAGGGUGCUUUAAAAAACUACACUGUAGUUGAAGAUGCCUAUAAGUUGGGCCUAUGUUUCUUUGUUGAGGGGGUUUUACUUGCACGAGAGGGCAAGUUAAAUGUCUGAAUAGAUUCGCUGAAGAUGGUGGAGGACACUGAGUACUUCUUUACUUACUCAUGGGGGAAGGUGUCUUUUAACAAGCUUAUGGAUUCAUGUAAAAAAGACAUGCAUCAUCAAAAGAGGAACUAUGAGAAGAAGAAGGAAGUUAAGGGGAAACAGAAAGAAGCAAAAUACAGUUUGUAUGGUUAUGUCCCUACAUUGCAGUAUUGGGCAUACGAAGUCAUCCAGCAGUUUGCACAUGAGUAUGGUAUUAACCAUGGAAACCAGUUUCCGAGGAUGCUCAGUUGGUCGAGCAAUAAGGAGCGUCCUAUUUCGAAGGCCGACCUUGCACCGAUGUUCAAGAAGACGAGUUUGAUUGUGUUGUCCAUGUUGAAGCUCAAGCCAUCGAAGAUAGAUUAUUAUAGCGCUCUAACGGAGGGUGAUGCUCCCUUGUAUCCCGGGUUGGGCCAAGAAGAAGAGGUAGAAACUCCCACUGAUUUUGAGAAGGUGGUGGAGAUAGAUGCUGAGGUUGCGAAGGCAGCUAAUAUUUUUGUUGAUGGCCCUGAUGAUGAGGAUACCCCAGUCCCCAUCGGCCCCACACCCUCGGCCCCAGCCCCAUCGGUACACCCCAGUCCUGAUCAACCUGAUUUACGGGAGGUGUUGGAGAGGUUGGAGCAAGUUGAGAGUCGUCAAGAUACCAUCCUAAAGAAUCAGGCGGUCAUCAUGGAUGCUGUCAAUAAGAUCUUGACAUUCAUACAAGAUCUUCCAAAUGAUUCUGAUUCCGACUCACUUGACCUCCCAGAUGAUUUUCUCUCACAUGACAUAGGCACUCCUCCCCCGAUAGUACUCACAGCAAAUCCUGAGACCCCAGGUGUUGCUAUUUUAGAACCUGGGGAUGUUGUUGGUGUAGAGUUUGAAUUGGCCAAGAGGAAAAGACGCAAACCUAAGAAAUUUGAAGACUACACCGACCCAACCAGAAAGAAAACUCGUUUGGAUGCGAUUGAUGACGUGCCAUUAGUCCUCGUCCCUCUAAAGAAGCCACUUGCUACACAGUACAGGACGGUCGGCAAGUGGUUUCUUGGAGAUAUUCUGAACAAGACGAAGAGGGAUGUCCAAACUGGUGUGUAUGGUUCGAGUUAGUUUCUGACGAUGAAGACACCACAGUUUUGGAUCGAUGAUGGGCAUAUUGAUGCGGCCAAGCAUAUGCUACGUAGGCGUCGACAGUUCUAUCCCGGGGCGUAUCGGCAAGAUACUGUUGUGAUGAAUAUUAUGUUCUCACAAGUGGUACCGGCCCGUUAUGAUGCAUAUCAGAAUGCCAAGGAAGGGGAUAAGAAAAGGUUUUUGUGGGAUUCAGAUGUGAUAUCAAUGAUUACGGGAAUUGACAAUCAAUUUCUAGCAUCGUGGAAAGGAGUAGACACUGUAUAUUGGUGCCAGAACUACCUUCAAGCGCAUUGGUUUGCAGUUGAAGCCUCCAUUUCUACUUAGACUCUGAAUGUUUAUGAUUCGGACGUGACAGUGAUAAGUGAUAAACAACUGCAAUCGUUUAUGAAGUCAUGGUCUACUUUGUUCCCAUCGUUGUUAUUGCAGUCACAACUUUUCAAGGACAACCCUCUGUUGCGAAAAUUAAGUUACGCAAGUAUACGUAAUCGCUUUUGUAGUUUAUUCCGGUAAGACCGAUAUCGUUCCCACAGAGACUGAUUUAUCA